UCUGUCCCAUAAGGUCGUCAUGAACGCGCCGUUCCACGACGAUGCCAUGCUGGACGACGCAAUGCUCGUCGAUGCCUUGAAUUCUAUUGAGUACAUGAAUGGAAUUACCAAAGACGCAGCACCUGUCGAAGGUAGCGCCAUCAUGAGCACAGAAGGUGACCAUCAGGCGUUCGAAGAUGAACCCAAUUCCGCAUUUCAUGCGGCCACCGACGCACCAUUAUCGGCGGUGGAAGGCCAGACGACGUUGUCGCGCGUAGAGAACACAGACAAAGUAGUGUCCGUUGGGGAGACUUCACCCACUGGCCCAACUGCCGCAUCGACGAUCCCUGUCUCUCGGACGCCUGUGGUUGAUUCGAGUUCAGUCACGACACCUGCCUGCACUCAAUCGAUGCAACUCGAAGCAGCAUCAACCGGUGCAGGCAGCACGCAGCAUUCAGGUUCGUCGGCGUCUCCAUACAAGCGAAUCGUCGUGACCAAGGAAAGCGGACUGCUGGGAUUUGGCGUACUACCCGUCCGUGGUGUUUGUGGGGUUCAAGUGUCGACGUUGCAGCCCGAUUCAAGUGCCGCUAAGGCGGGUUUACGUGUUGGUGAUGUGCUGCUCAAACUGGACGACACGGACGUGAGCAACAUGGCAAUGCCAGCGAUCAUUCAGAUCCUUCAGGCCGUGGUCACGGGCAAGCCACUACACAUCUCGCUGUUCAGGCCGUCCGUGGCAGUGCCAACGACUGCUCCAAUUAGCAUGUCCAAGCCUUUAACGUCAGCUCUUGCCCAAAGAGGUCCUUCCACAGAUGCUUCCUUGGCACCGUCGGCCAAGAAGGCCAAAACGUCGAAUGUAGGGGCUUCAUUCUCGAAUUCGUCUCUACCUGGGGCAACCACAUCCUUCGUCGACACUGCGACCCUCAAGAAGCAACUAGACGCCAUGACGAAAGACCUCCAAGUUGCAAUCACCGACAAGGUCAAACUUGCCGAGAAGAACGCCAUGCUGCGGAAGCGCGUGCAGCACAUGGUGAUCGCAGGAGAUGAAGACAAAGUAAAGCUCAAGGCCGAGUUUGAGCAGCGCAUUGCUGCGCUCGUGCAAGAAAAGGCGCAGCUCCAAAAUUCCCUGGCAACAGUCAAAGCGCAGGCGCGGCUUGACAGCCGUGCGGUUUUUGACACGGACGUGACAAAGGAAUUGAAGACUCAGUUGGAAGCAUUGCAGCGUCAGGUGGACCAGUUUGAAGCCCUUGAAAGGAAGCGAAAGGACGUUCGGAAGGCUCACGCGAGCAUCGAACUCAAGCUCGCAGACAAGUGCAAGAUGCAACUGCUUCGUGCAAUUGUGGACAAGGUCACCGGAGAGCUUAAGGCAAUUUCUCAGCAGAGAGCGCAGUCAAGUCUGCGGACGAAUGCGUUUGGCGCUGCAGGGACAGCGUCGACUACACCGUCCCAUGUAAAAGUCCAGCUUGAGUUGAUUCGACGCGUGAGUGUGAAUCAGUUGUUUGGCAUCCACGCAGCGACGGAUCCGCUCGGAUUUCCUGUCCUGAGCCAGUUGCAAAUGACGCUACCAGAGAGCAGAAUCGCAGAGGUGUUUGGGAAGCAGCUGACGUACGAGGAACGACCAGGACUGAACCUUACAGUGUCUGCACCCAUGGAGGUCCACUACGACCCGACGACAGAAGUGCUCCAGGUUACUUGCAAUUGGACCGAGCAAAACGUAAUUCGAGAGAUAGCGCGCAACAUUCGGAUGUAAAUAAUCGAGUUGUUCGUCAUCAAGGCA